GUUGAAUUCCUGGUCGGGUUGGUCGGACGGCAGCCGCGCCACCAGUCAGGAAGAAAAUGAAGAAGACAGCAGUGUGCACGGUGCUCCCCAGACCGUUAUUAUGGAAGAAAAAUAAUCCAAUCCGGCAUCAUCAAUCGUUGUUUACACUGAAAGACAACUCCACACUCAGCGAAGUAAACUCGGGAAAUUAAUGUAAUACAUCCAAUAAGUUUUGACAACUUCGGCUAAGCCAAAUAUGAGUUAUCUUGAUGCAGUCGCUGGUAUUGGACACUUCUCCUCUAUAACUCAUUGAUUGAUUGAUUUGUCUUUAUUUAAGAGACUUUCAGCCCUUGGCUGGUUCGUGUCUUUCUCUAUAACUCAGUCAAUACAAACCAAUUAUUUUGAAUUUUUGUUUCCGGCUCACUCCCACUCCGUGCAAAAAAAAAUAAGUCAUUGGUUCAAAAUUGACUGAGUUGUAGCGGAAAGUGCCUAAGUCGUAUGAUAAUCAUCCUAAAAUCGCAAAUCAAUCAUCUCAUUCGUGUAUGAGUGAUACAUGCUGUGUGAACGUAUACUGGUUGUAUAGCACAGCAGCACAGUUGCCCCGAACGUAUGUAUCGAUAGCGUAACCAGUUCCUUGAUCAUUAUACUUGCGAAGUUAACGACUUUUGUUAAACUUCGAAGUAUCCAGCAAUAAGAAGGCGCCAGAUUUUGACAACAUUUUGAACUUAGAACUCAACAACUUGAUCUCCCAGCUCUACCAACAACUGGCACUGAGUUUUGGUUAGUGCCUUCGACUUUGCUAUCUGCCUUCGUCGUUGUGGUGAUUCCGAUCAUACUUAGUAGGCCGAUAGUUCAAGGGAGCAGCCUUUCAGCGACUUGACUUGAGGACACACGCAUUGGCUCCGAUACGUAUUGUCACUUUCCUGUGUUCAAUAAAAUAAUCAUCCGAUAAUUGUUUAGUUCAUAGUUCAUUGCUUAUUAAUCAAUGUACAAUACCACAAAUGGCGACGAGAUGAACCUGCAGCGUUUUGGAAAAUAUUCAGUAAGUAGAAUCCAACAACCUUUGACAUUACUGGUGAAAAAAGUCUAGCCGAACAAGUUGUUGCUUAGGCAACAAACUUCGGCUUCCAGUAUUGAGCGACAAAAAAAAUCAAGUUCCUUCGCAAGGGACUGCCCCAGGAACGGAUUCCAUCCGUUGAGUUGGGCGAAAAACCAUUCAAGUUCCUUCACAAGGUACUGCCUCAGGAACGGAUUCUAUCCGUUGAGUUAGGCGACGACAUUUCCAAGUUCACAUGAAAGGUGAACUGCCUCAGGAACGGAUACCUUCCGUUGAGUUAGGCGAUAGAACUGUCAAGUUUACUCAAAGGUAAACUGCCUCAGGAGCGGAUUUCAUCCGUUGAGUUAGGCGACAAAUAUUGAAAAAGGUGGACUGCCUCAGGAACGGAUUUCAUCCGUUGAGUUAGGCGAUAAAACUUCCUAGUUUACUCAAAAGUAAACUGCCUCAGGAGCGGAUUUUAUCCGUUGAAAUAGGCGAAAAACUAUUCUAGUUCAUCUAAAAGGUGAACUGCACCAGGAACGGUUAUUUUCCGUUGAGCCAGACGAUCAUGGAUUGCCCAUAACACGAGUAUUGAUCGAAGUGUUUCCAAAAAUGAAACCCAGAGAAAUGAAUCCUGUCGGCAGUAAAAUGAAGCCGGUCCAGCCAUCAAGCAAUGAAGAUGAAACGGGAAUCUGUAUGGCGAAAUCAUGAGAGUAUAAUUCUUUGAAUAAAUUCCGAAAGCAAUCCACGAAGGAAUCCCGGGAAAAGUCCCUGAAAGAAUCCCGGGAGACAACCCAGAAAUCCAAAAGAAUCUCUGAAGAAAUCUUGGCGGAAAUCCCAGAGGAAUCCCUGAAGGUAUCCCAGUAGAAAUCCCGAAACUCUCUGCCCGAUCUUCCGGUGGUGGCUCAUCGGGAAGUGGCCAUGCCGGUGGAAGUGCUGCCAGGCGAUGUGUCCUCUCUGCAUUCGGCCAUGUUGCCAAACGUGAUGCAGAAGAUAUUUCCCGGACAUGACAGUUCGAUGUUGAUGAGGCGAUACCCGAAUUUAGAUCACCAGUCAUCGGGAAACAGUCGGGAUGGAUUCUCCUCGAUCUAUGGGAAAGGUUCCUCAACGCCCACGACUCCUACCGGAUCCGUUCCGCCUCCUUUCCUUUCGUCUGUCGGUAAUCAAAGCUACGCCAUGGAUUUCUCGAACAGCAGCGACUCGGCCGGACGGUGUACGGACCCCGCGGAAAGCUGUCCAAGAGCUUCCGCCACUUGGAUAUCUACAUACAAGAUGUCCAAGAAGAAGCUGAUGGUCGAGAAAUGGUUAGGAGCGAAGAAGGAAAUCGUCGCCGUUCGCACUGUCUGCUCGCACAUCGAUCUAUAAAAUUAAGCUGGAAUCUCCUUAGGAUUCCCUAAAUGAAUUUCGGGAAUAAUAAUUGAAUCCCUGAAUAAAAUUUCUGGCGGAAGCCUGGGAGAAAUCAAUGAAGAAAAUCUCAUAUCUUAGUCACUCCGAUAUUUAGCAAUAUAGAAUACAAAGUCGUGAAGAGAGGAGGAGGCCAUGUGAAACUUAUAGAUCCUGUUUUGGGAAGCAUUCUUGGAAGAAAUAUCGGGCAUAUCAGGAGGAUCAACCGGCAAGCAAAGUCUUAUGAGAAGACAUCAUCCGUUAUAGAUCCAGCACCCCGAUGCACCACCAAGGUUGGGCACCGACACGUCUUCUUCCUCGUAAGAUGAUUCAACUUUCCUAGCACGGAGAUUACUUCCACGAUCAAUAGGAGGCAAUCAGUGAAGUACUAGAUUGAAAGUAGUGAGCUGGAUUUUUGUAUGGCGAGAUGAUCAUUUCAUCUGCAAUGAAAUGGUGCAAACAGCGUGGGUUAUAUGAUUUAUUGACUAAUUUGAUGCUGUUUGAGCAAAAGUUUGGAUAACUGUGUUGUUGAAGUUGCAGGAAAAAAAUAAUACAACAACACAGUUAUUCAAACUUUUGCUCAAAUAGCAUCAAAUUAGCCAAUAAAUCAUAUAACCUACGCUGUUUGCACCAUUUCAUUGCAGAAAUGGAGAAUUGAUCAUCUCAUCAUACAAAAAUCCAGCUCACUACUUUCAAUCUAGUACUUCACUGAUUGCCUCCUAUUGGUAGAAAAAGGGAGAUGUGGUGAUUCCGAUCAUACUUAGAAGGCCGAUAGUUGAAGGGAGCAGCCUGACAGCGACUUCACUUGAGGACACACGCAUUGGCUCCGAUACGUAUUGUCAUUUUCCUGUGUCCAAUAAAAUAAUCAUCCGAUAAUUGUUUAGUUCAUAGUUCAUUGCUUAUUAAUCAAUGUACAAUACCACAGUCGUGAAAGUCAAAAAAGGGUGAAUAUGGCAUCCAGAAGUCUGGGAAGAAUCCUUCCUCUAAAUGCUAUCAUUUGAUCAGCCAUCACUCAGGAUUAUCGAAACGCUGAAAAUUAGAACUACGAAAGGCUACUUGCUACAACCAACCAAAAUAACAUCUUACUCGAGAAACAGUUAAACCAAUCCACCGUGCACCAACUGACCCGAGUAAUCAACAUCCUAAGGUAUAACAAGUCCGUAUCUAAUACUCCUGGCAUGGCCUUGCUCGAUGUUGAAAAAGCUUUCGACAAUGUUUGAAACCAAGGGCCGGUGUUCAAACUGCAGCGAUACAAUCUUCCCAGAUGCCUGAUAAAAAUAGAGGAUAACUAUAUGUUGGAUUGGACCUUCAGUUUUUCAAUGCAAGCUGCAGUGUUUGUCGCGUAAGAUGGAACCACCAGUAAAGCGUACUAGGUAUUUCUCCACCUGUUCACCUCGGACACGUCCAUGAACACGAAUUUAUGUAGUUGCUCGUCGAUGAUACCGCCGUCGUUCACAUUUGUAUACGAUCGCUCUUGUGGAGACUUCAAAUAAGCCUGAAUGUUCUGACAGAUCAUUUCAUCAGCUGGAAGAUUUGAGUUAACGUGGCGCAGUUCAUCCAGCUCAUCCUCUGCCUGUAUUUCUAGUGUCCCAGACUUGUUCUAGCUGAGGGUUGCAAAAUUAAUUACCUCCAAAAGUUACAUAUUGUUAAAGGUACUUUACUCUUGUCCCAGAAGAACAAGUUUGCUGUUUACAAUCAAAUCAUCCUUCGAGUGAUCGAAUAUGGCCUGUCAAUUUAAUGCACACAUGUAUUUACUCUGUGACAUUUCAGAAACUAGGCACGCUGACAUCAAUUGUAACUAUAAUUGUAUUGAACAUGCGUAAUCCUGUAGGUUAGGUUAAAAUUAGUGUAACUGAAUUUCAUCAGGUUUAUUCUUCAUUGCUUGUGCGGAAAAUUAUGUACGUUUUACAAAUGUAUAAAUGUUUAAGAGUUAGCUCAAUCGAAAGAAAUGUUAGGUGCGUAAAUACUGAGUGUUUUUCUAUAAUGUUAGGGUCUUACACUCUUUUAGUAACUUAAAGUCUGUUCCCAUUUCAAUGUAGCUCUAGACAAUAACUCGUAAACCCCGAUUCGAUAGAUAUAUCUUUCAUAAUAACGGUCUGAGGAGCACCGUGUAGCGUAUUUAAAGUGUGGCCAAUACAAAGCGAAAAGCUGCUGGAAAAUGUGCCUGCCGUGCGAGAAUAUUUACAUUGCUUUGUGUGGGUAUCGAAGUGCAGAAUAAGAACAGACAAGACUAGGACCAGGACUGUUGAUUGAGAUGAUUAGACUUCAGAAAAAGAACAAGAAGAAUGACAUCCCAGAGAAGGUCCGACCGAAUGUGGAGUACUAUACGCGAUGAAGGAGUUGUUGUAGGCAGGAUCUUUGUGGCCGGACGCGAUCGAUGGAUUAGUCAUAGCAAGAGCAUGGAGACAGGCAGACAGCAACAGUCGGUCAGUGUAGAGAGAGGCGGCCACGAAGAAGGAAACGUCAAAAAGCUGUCAUAUUUCUGCUGAGUGUGUGUGUGUGUGCAUUGGUGGUGUGGAUGGAUGGAUGAAUGGCGACGAUGAGGGCCGAGCGAAACUGACUCCCCAAAAUGGGAGUGCGUCUUCUGCAUUCAAGAGAGCCGGAACUGGUUUUCGUUGUGUUGGCGAGAGCUGUCCCACCACCACAGCACCUCGAGCGGGAGAAUUUUGUUUGGUACAACGACCGGGCUGCCAUUUAUUAAGUCUUCAUCAGAUAUGGUGUAGGAUACUGGCAAUCUGUGAUUUAUAAUAUGGCAUUGGCCUUGAAUAAAUUAUUAUUUGUUUUACAAACCGAUAACCGAUUAGGUCGCAUCUACGCAUGGAAUGGAGCAAACUCAUGUAAAGUCUGAAUUUUCAAUUUUCAAACAUUACUCACUGAAAUAUUUGAGCUAGGUUUGAUCAAUGGGAAUUAAUGAAUCUCUGCCACAGGAACUCACAGUUUGAAUACGAAAACGACCAAGAUUAAACCUUUAUUGUAGUGUUAAGUUAAUAGAAGUUAAAACUAAGUUAAUUUCUAGAUACAAUUUCAUAAUGGCUAACACAUUUACAUAAUAACAUUAUUCUUAUUUUCUAAUGAAUAGCUCGUUGAAGAUUGGUAAAAUAAAUUUCCAAAAAAAAAUGUCUGGGUAACUUUACGAGAAAUCGUUUAGGAAAUUUUAAAUGAUUGAAAAAAUCCUUCGUUGAAUUCCAGGGUGAAAUUUUGAUGAUUUAAUGGUAAAAUACCUAAUUUUUAUCUCAAUUUCUACAGAAUAUUAGCUGAAUUUCCCAUAUACUUCUAGGUUUCUUGAGAAUAAUUUCAAGAGAACUCCUAGAAAAAUUCUUGGAAUCUUUUUAAGCACUGUUGUAAGGAAUCCUUGAAGAUUUGUUUCUUGAAACUCCUGAUACUUUUUUUUUUAAAUUGAAAUCGAGACUAAACCAGCAUUACCAUCAUUCAAACAAGCACUGAAAUGUCAGGACAGGAUUGUAUCAGAAUUGAAUUCUUGUCGUUAAUUUCAGGUUUUGAAAUUGUAGGUUCGAUUAAUUUUCCUUGGUAGACUUUGUUACACAAUUCAAGACCAACAAUUGAAAAGGCUGCAUCAACAUUUUGUAAACAAACUUGUUUCUGUCGACUUAGGGUCUACUGAACUCCACCCACACACCCCAACACCGCUAACAGAAAGCGCAAACAUCAAGCUUUCUGUUAGUGGUGGUGAGAUGCGUGGGUCGUUCUCAGAAGGCCACAAGUCGACAGACACGUGUUUGUUUACGCAAUGUAUUGAAUUGUGUAGUUUAACUUUCCUUAACCUGAUACAAAGUUGUAAAAUUGACAGGCUUGCGUACCAUUACUUAAAACGCGAACGUAAAUACAAGAAAAAAUAUACAUUUAUAGGGUAUGUGUGCCAUCAGUAAUCUCACGCUCCCACCCUAUUCCGUUCUUUUUGUUUCCAUGGGUGCUCACUUCUAACAAAAAAUACAAAAAUAAGAAACAAAACAAACAGCGCUUCUAUCCUUUGUUUUUCGUAGGAUGAAAAUGGGAGACACAUGCUCAAGAAGGGAACCAAUACCCUAUCUGUCGUAAAGUUCUUAUUUCCGCUUUAUCUAGGCUGCCAAAGCUAGAAAUCGAAAGAUGAAGGGUAGUUCUUCCAAAUGCCGAAGAAAAUGUGUUGAUUUGUUAAAAAUUCUGUGAGUUCUGGAGAGACAAAUUUGAGCCAUUUCUAGCAGAUUUCACUCCGUCCCGAAAAGGCUAUACUAGGUCAAUAUUAGGAAUAAUUUUUGUCACUAAAAUCACUAUUAUUUUCCCGCCUGGAAUAUUUGCAAAAGGUACACUUGGAGGAUUUACAGAAGGAAUUUCUGGAAGAUACCCCUAAGGUGCUCCUGGUAUAUUCCCAGAAGGAACCUUUUCGAGCAUUCCCAGAAAGAAGUUCUGGAGACUUCCUAAAGGAACUCCUGAAUGAUUUCCCACAAGGAACUUCUGGAGGAUUCCUAGUAAGAACUCCUGGUGGAUUCUAAAAUGAAACACCUGGAAAAUUCACAGUAACAAAGCCCUGUCGGUUUCCCAGAAGCGAUUUUUGAAACAUUCAUAGAACAAACUCCUGCAGGAUUCGCUGAAGGAACUCUUGGAAAAAAAUGCUUAAAGUAAUCCUGGAGAAUUUCCAAAGGCGAAUUUACAAGUAGUCCAACAAAAGCACAAAUUCAAGAUCGAAGUUUUAGAAGGAACUGCUACAGAAAUACCAGAAGAAAAUACUUCAGGAACCCUAGAAAGAACUCAUGGCUAAAUUCUUGAACCAGAGGACCAGAAGGAUUCUCUGGAAGAACGCCAGAAGGUAUUCUUUGGAGAAUCCUAGAAGAAACUCCGGAUGAAAUCCCUGAAAAAACUUUAAAACGGAUUUCAGCGGAACUCCAGGAGCAACUGUUGGGAAAAAAAACCAGAAGAAAUAUCUGGAGGAAAAACUUAACCUCAGAAGAAAGCCUGGAGGAAUUUCAGAAGGAACUUUUGGGGGAAUUUUAAGAGGAUGCCUUGGAUGAAUCGUAGAAUUCCCUGUAUUCCCUGCGGAACUUCUAUAGGAAUUUGAAAACGGACAUCUGUAUACCAAAAUGUACCCAAACAUAUAAAAACUGCAUGAAAACUGAGUCUUCGAUGAAAUGCUCGGAGUUUUUGGCAUAUAUUAGCAAGGGCUGAAAUAGUGGUCAAUUAUUUGACAAGAAAAAAACUCAAGAAAAAACAACAGGUUGACAUCAAUGAAAUUUCGAUCGAGUCAUAAAAGAUGUUUGAACUUUGGUUUCUCUUUAGACAAAUAUUUGACCCUGUGUACUAACAGCUUAAUUCUCGUUAAAUAACGAAUAAACCACUAUCUCGCUAGCUUGUUACGAUCGGAAUCUUUUGUCACCCAACAUAUGUAUAAUUGAUUCAAACGCCAAUAUUGGUAUGGUGGUAUGAACUACCAACCAAGCCGAUCCGUUUAAAAGCACAGGUCGUACGGCAGAAGUGUCACGCAUUCGAUGUAUUCGUUCAAUACAUGGCCUUCAUGCCCAUUUUCACCUUCUAUAAAUUUUUCGCACUUAUUCGCAGCUUAGCGAAUACUAUCAUACCUAUCAUUUCAUACUUUGAUCUCUACUCCCUUACUCUCUGAGUAGAAAAAGACCGAUAAAUCAGAAUGUUGAUAUUUAGACAUAUAUUCAAAUUUUUUCCUGAGAUUUCUUUAAUAAAACUGAGCGAUGCCUUCAGGAACUAUUUCAGACUUUUUCAGAAAAUUUUUCAAAAGUUCCUUCAAAAAGUUGGACUGGGUUUACUUGGGAAAUUCUUCCAAGGAUUCCAGAAAUUCCUCCACCAAUUUUCAAUUUCUCCAGAAAUUUCAUAAGGGAUUCUUUCAAAAGUUUCACAAAGAGUUGCAUAAGAAAGUUGUGUAUGAGUCCUGCGAAAAUUCCUCCAAGUAUUUCUUUAGAAAAUCCUUCAAAGACUUGUCCUAUUGUUUCGGGACUUUUCUAGAUUUUGUUUCCGAUAAAUCCUUCGGAAAUUCCUUUAAGCAUUCUCUCAAACGAUUUUCCAUGAAAUUAUUCCAAAACUUUUUACGGGGUUUGCUUUAGAAAAUUCUACAGGGAUUUGUUUUUUGAAAAUCUGAAUUUCUGUCAAAAAAUCUUCUUAGGAUUUCUUUAGGGACUUCUUUGGAAUCUCUUGUGGAUUAUCCAGGAAAUCCCAAAGAAAAUCAGUCGGACAUUGUUUCACAAAAUCUUGUAGGGAUUCCUUUAGACUUAAUAAUAUCCUCCAGAAAUUUUUCCAAGAAUUCCUUAAUCAAGUCUUGCACGGAUAGCUUCCAAAAAUGUUGCAUGAAUUUCUUUAGAAAAUACUCCAAGAAUUUCUAUCAACAAAUCUUGCAUAGAUUUCUCGAGGAAUUCAUCAACGUAUUUCUUCACAUUUUUUUUCAACGAUAUUCCUCCAGAAAAUUUGCGAAGUACAUAUUCAUAUAGAAAGUCUUGCAUGAACUCUCUCAAAUUUAUUUGUUGGUGGCAGUAGCUCCUCUCUGGAGCCACCAAAUGUUGGUGUCAGCACAAUCUUCCAAUGGGGCACGUUCGGUGUAGUACUAGAUUUGUAGUAAUGAGCUGAAUUUUAGUAUGGUGAGAAGGGCAAUAGGACACGAUCAGUGAAGUACUAGAAUUGAAGUAAUGAGCUGAAUUUUUGUAUGGUGAGAAGGUCGAUUCUGCGUUUCUGCAAUGAAAUGGUUCACAAAGCGUGGGUAUUAUGAUUCCUUGCCCAAUUUGAUGCUGUUUGAGCAAAACUUUGGGUAACUGUGUUGUUUACUUUGCAAGAAAUGGAGAAAACAACAACAGGGUUACCCAAAGUUUUACUCAAACAUCAUCAAAUUAAGCAAGGAAUCAUAAUUCCCACGCUUUGUGAACCAUUUCAUUGCAGAAACGCAGAAUCGACCUUCUCACCAUACAAAAAUUCAGCUCAUUACUUCAAUUCUAGUACUUCACCGAUUUUGUCCUAUUCUCCGUUUCUGCAAUGAAAUGGUGCAAAAAGCGUGGCUAUUAUGAUUCCUUGCCUAAUUUGAUGCUGUUUGAGCAAAACUUUGGAUAACUAUGUUGUUUAUGUUACAAGAAAUGGAGAAAACAACAACACUGUUGCCCAAAGUUUUGCUCAAACAGCAUCAAAUUAGGCAAAGAAUCAUAAUACCCACGCUUUUUGCACCAUUUCAUUGCAGAAACGGAGAAUUGACCUUCUCACCAUACUAAAAUUCAGCUCAUUACUACAAAUCUAGUACUUCACCGAUCUGUUCUAUUGGCAGCACGAUUGACGUGGUGUUCCUCUUACGGUGGGACUAUACCAAAUGCAUACUGAUUCCAGCAGCACUCUUGUCCACAGCUAACGCGAUGAUUGAUGAUCAAGAUGACGAAACCCACAGUCGUUUCACGGUACCGUUGCGAAGGGAUACGGUAUUACAUUCCGUGUGUCUGCCAACCAACAGACUAUACGGAACGCGUUACUUUCGAACACCGAUGCUACUCACUCAGGGUAGGAGGUUCGAGAGGAAGAAUAGUUAAAAUCGAUACGUUCAAAUCAUGUGUGAUAGCAUUUAGACCUUAUUCUAGUCUAGACUCAUGCCAGCGUUCUCGCAUUUGGAACCUUAGCUUACCAGAGUGAGAAAUGAAUCAAAGAAUAAGAAUAUCAAGAAAGCCCACUCCGCUGAUGCUCGAGGGGACACUACCGCAGCGCUAUCUGCGGAUGAAAGUUCAACCUUCAUGCGGUAGUGUGCGUUGCUGAUUGUAUGCAGUUACCAAAACAUACACACACCACCUUCUCUUAUGACAAAUCACGCACACUGUUACAUAGAGCUUCCACCUUGAAACGCUUAGAGAGCGCCACUUGUCUUGUCGCUUGACGUUUACAAAGAAAAAGACAAGAAGGGCAUUCUUUCUAUUUUUAUUCUUUGAAUGAAUGGUAUUUAUUUACACUGGACAUAUUCGGAAAUUAGUUAUUUACAAAAACAGUGCUCCAUGGCCUUGUAAGAUGUUGUACCGUAUCAGUAAUGAAACCACAGUUCACCGCCUUUAUUUGCGAAAGUUCUUCGAGGACCUACAACAUCUUUGGAAACUAGUUGUCGGCAACUGGCAACACGGUUUCAAGUGAGCCGACGAACGCCCAAUGUUAAAACGCUGUCAGUCCGAAGCGAACGCAAGCACACAGCGGAAGUCGGGUCUGACAACCUUACAAACUGCGCUCGACAGGCAGAACUGGAAAAGUCGUGCGCCGAGGCAGAACCUCCAUUAAGCAUACUGUUAAUAUUUUCAUCUGUUAUCUAUUUUCACCAUAUUUGUACUGUUUUUUAAAUCAUAACACUGAAAAAUCUUCAAGCUGUAUUGCUACAAGAAAUAAAAAUGGCGAUCUGCUAAAAGGAAUCAGUGUUUUGUCUAUCUCCCGGAACAAAACUUGAAGAUUUUUCAACAUGUCUACCGGAAAUCGCGGAGGAUUUCAACGACCGGGCAAUGCCCCAUCUACGGAGGAACAUAAUUGUGUUUCAUGCGACCGGCCGGAUUCCUUUGACGAUUUAGUCCAAUGCGAUGAAUGCGAUAGCUGGUGGCACAUGCAGUGCGCAUCGGUAACGCCAUCAAUCGCCGAACGAGAUUGGAUCUGCAACAAUUGUCAAAAACAUGGUCAAAAAUUCCAGUCUGCAGCCAGCGGCAGUCAAGCUACAUCAGCUAGUUCGCGCGCAGCCAGGAUUGAUUUGAAGCUACAACAGUUGGAAGAACAGAGGUCCAUCGAAAAGCGAGAAUUGGAGGCAGAAAAGCGUUUUCUACAACAGAAGUACGAGCUGUUGCAGUCGAAACUGGACGAAGAAGAGGACGACCGGAGCGUCCGCAGUCGAUUGAGUCGACACACAAGCAUGCAGCAGGUAACACAAUGGCUAACAGAUCCAGCGAAUCAAGCAGAAGAUGCCGGCGGUACACAUCUGCGCGGCCAAGCAGCGAGUCCGCGGACAUUGCGAUACGAAGCUCACACCCACAAACAAUCACUACCAAGCGUAUGUAAACAACUCCCAUCGUCCGUCAUCAAUCAGCAGCAGCAAACUACCGACACGAUUUCGAAGACAGGUCCGACAGAGUUGGAACUACCCAUUCAACGAGCCAGGAAACCAAACGCAAUUAGUCCUGAGAAUGUCGUCCCGGUAUUGCGACAGCGGAGAGCCGUCGUAGGUAACGACCCAGCGUUUCUCCCCCGCAUCGAACCGGUCGAACCAGGUGAGCCACAUGGUGUUGUCCCGGUGCUGCGACAACAGGAAGUCGUAGGAAGUACCGAUGCAGCACUUUUCCCCCCCGUCCAAUCAGGUAAGCCACACAUUUAUCCAACCACAGCCGACGUUGUGCAAUCAGAGUAUUACCAUCCACUCCAAAGAAUGACGUCACAGUUCGAAAACAUUAAUUUUCAAAAUUCUCCACCGAUCGGGUUGGUGUCACGUGAUGCACCGAUUGUUGAACAUUCAGUACUUACCCCCUCGCAGUUAGCGGCUAGACAAGUUCUGCCGCGUGAUUUGCCUGCAUUUUAUGGUGACCCUGCUGAUUGGCCCAUAUUCAUAAGCAGUUAUAAUAACUCGACGGCUGCUUGUGGAUUUAGCAAUGUCGAGAAUUUGGCCCGUCUGCAGAGGUGUCUCAAGGGAUCUGCUUAUGAGUCUGUUAAAAGUCGUUUACUACUGCCGGAAUCUGUCCCACAAGUCCUCACUACCCUUCAAUUGCUCUACGGUCGUCCAGAGCUUCUGGUUCACGUUCUACUCGAUAAAGUUCGUACUGUUCCGGCUCCGAAAGCCGAACGAUUGGACACUCUAAUUGAUUUCGGGCUAGCAGUGCAAAGUCUAUGCGACCACCUUGAAGCCGCGAAACAAGAAGCACACUUGUCGAAUCCGUCUCUCCUCAUGGAACUCGUUGAAAAACUUCCCGCUCAUGUGAAGCUCGAAUGGGCAGGAUAUAUGCAACAGUGCCAGGUAGUUGAUUUGAAAACAUUCGGUAAUUUCAUGUCAAACGUAGUGGUAUCCGCGAGCAAAGUAACGUUGUACAGUGGUGCAUUUAGAAAUAGUGCGUCUGAAAAGUCGAAGCCGAGGUCGCGAGCAUCAAUUAACGCACACAGCAGUGAAGGUCAACUGGAUCAAGAGCAGGAACGCGGCUGUUAUGUUUGUAAAGUUCCUGGUCACCGUGUCAGCGAAUGUGAAGUGUUUGGGUCGUACUCGGUGGAUGAACGUUGGAAGGCCAUACAAACCAAUGGCCUCUGUCGUAGCUGCUUGAAUGCACACGGCAGGAGAAGCUGUCGCAGUGCUUCAGUAUGUGGCAUAAAUGGCUGUGAAUAUCGUCACAAUCGCUUGCUACAUGCAAAUAAAUCAGCAGCAGCAGUAACGACUCCGUCAGCACUCGCUGAGAACCACACUCACCUUCAAGCAAAGCAACAGUUGCUCUUCCGAAUCGUCCCUGUGACCUUGUAUGGACCGCGUGCAACAGUCGACACCUACGCAUUUCUCGAUGACGGGUCAUCAUUGACGUUGAUUGAGGAUAGUUUGGUGGAACAACUUGGUAUGGAAGGAAGGAAUGAGCCAUUGUGUCUACGUUGGACGGGCAAUAUGACCAGAGUGGAAUCUAACUCUCGAGUGGUACAGUUGGUUAUUUCUGGAGCGGCAGGUAAGAAAUUCCAAGUUGAUGAUGUUCAAACAGUGAAAGAACUUGCACUCCCCCGACAAGACCUCGACGUUGACAAGAUCGCCGCACAGUUCCAGCACCUCCGAGGAGUUCCGGUAAGUAGUUAUCAGAAUGCAGUGCCUCGUCUAUUGGUGGGUGUCAAUAACCUCCAUUUGUCCGUUCCGUUGAAGACGAAGGAGGGCAAAUUCGGAGAACCGGUGGCUGUAAAAACCAGAUUAGGCUGGUGCGUGUUUGGGGGUAAAGGAUGUCCUGCAUCGACGCAAUCUAUGAAUUACCAUUCAUGUGAAUGCGAAGGAAGCAAAACACUUAACGAAACGGUCAAGAGUUAUUUCACCAUGGAAGACACAGGAGUCCACCCCAUACCGGAAUCACGUGAAGAUAAACGGGCUAAACAGAUCCUGAAAGCAACGGCAAAGCGUAUCGGAAACAAAUUUGAAGUAGGUCUCUUGUGGAAAUUUGAUGGUGCCGAAUUUCCAGAUACGUUCGGGAUGGCUUUCCGGCGGCUUGAGUGUCUGGAGCGAAGGAUGUCCAAGGACCCCAAACUUCACGAAAGUCUGCACCGACAAAUUAAGGAGUACCAAUCAAAGGGAUACGCGCAUCGGGCUAGCGAUUUGGAACUGAAAAAUAUGGACCCACGACGAGUUUGGUAUUUGCCCUUGGGGGUCGUGAUUAACCCACGCAAGCCUGGUAAAAUACGCAUCAUCUGGGAUGCGGCUGCAACUGUCGAAGGCGUUUCACUUAAUUCAUUCCUUUUGAAGGGGCCAGAUCAAUUGACCGAACUACCAGCCGUAUUUGCAAGAUUUCGGCAAUUCUCCGUUGCUGUGGUAGCUGACUUGAGGGAAAUGUUCCACCAAAUACAAUUGCGGAGCAUCGACAAACCUUCGCAUUGUUUCCUCUGGCGGUCAAAUCCUUCGAAUCCACCUGAGGUGUAUCUAAUGGAUGUAGUCAUCUUUGGGUCGUCGUGUGCGCCAGCGAUCGCACAGUACAUCAAAAAUACAAACGCUGAAGAAUUUGCGGAACAAUACCCCCGAGCAGUUACUGGAAUCGUCAAGAAUCAUUAUGUUGAUGAUUUCUUAGACAGCUUUGAUAGUGAGGACGAGGCAGUUCGCGUGUCUGAGGAAGUGAAAAUGAUUCACGAAAAAGGGGGGUUCCAGUUGCGAAAUUGGUUAUCCAACAGUGAAACCGUGAUACAUAAAAUAGGCGAUCCACAGAAUUGUGGCGAGAAGUUGUUGAUAGCGGAUAAGCAUGAUAGAUUUGAACGUGUGUUAGGAAUGCUUUGGUCGACGAAAGGGGAUGUGCUGAGUUUUCCCGUGACAAUGAAGGAUGAAAUUCAAGUAAUACUGGACAAUGGCACAAAACCAACUAAACGUCAAAUGUUGAAGUGUAUGAUGGUCUUUUUUGAUCCUCUGGGGCUUUUGAGUGUCUUCUCUAUUCACGGAAAAAUCAUGUUCCAUGAUGCAUGGCGUUCUGGAAUUCAAUGGGACGAAGAAGUAAGUGACCAAUUGUGGGAAGAUUGGCGUGUGUGGACAAGUUUCUUUUCGAGUGUUUGGAGUUUGACAAUCCCGCGGUGUUAUUUCCCGGGUGCGUUGAACAGUACGUAUGAGAAUCUUGAGUUACACAUUUUUGUUGAUGCGAGUGAGGUAGCUUAUUCCGCUGUCGCAUAUUUUCGUGUAGUCGGGUCAGAUGGUGUUCCGGUCUGUGCAUUGGUCGCUGCUAAGGCAAAAGUUGCUCCACUCAAACCGUUGUCAAUUCCUCGUAUGGAACUGCAGGCUGCGGUAUUGGGCACUCGUCUGAUGCGUUUCGUUACGGCCAGUCAUACUGUAUUGGUGAAAAAAACAUUCCUCUGGAGCGAUUCGUCAACCGUAUUGGCUUGGAUAAGAGCAGACCACCGACGCUACAAACAAUAUGUUGCGUACAGAAUCGGAGAGGUUCUAACUGCAUCUAAUACUGAGGAUUGGCGUUGGGUUCCAGGUCAUGUGAAUCCUGCAGAUGCCGCAACUAAGUGGGGGUCUGGGCUGGAAUUGAAGCUGAAACCGUCCAGCGAAUGGUUCACGGGGCCCAAGUUCCUGCGAAAACCGGAGAAUCAAUGGCCUCAGCAACCCGGAGUAAUUCCUGCUACCAUUGAAGAUUUGCGGCCGUGUCACGUUCAUCACAGUUUUGCGAUUCCAGAACCUGUAUUGGAUUUUGAGAGAUUCUCCAAAUGGAAGCGUAUGGUGAGGACAAUGGCAUAUGUUCACCGAUUUUUUGAUAACCUGAAGCGGAGGCGAGAUAAUCGGGCGCUAGAAAAAGGUCAUCUAGGUCAGUCGGAGUUGCAGAGGGGUGAAAGUUCCAUCAUUCGUAUGGUGCAAUGGAAGGAAUAUCCCGAUGAAAUGAUCAUUCUUACGGAGAACCAGUUGUAUCCCGACCGGCAACCUCAACCGAUUGCCAAGGAUAGCAAGAUAUAUAACAUUUCACCGUUCCUUGACAAUUCGGGUGUUCUUCGUAUCGAUGGACGAAUCGGCGCCGCUCCUUCUGUUUCAGCUGAUGUCAAAUUCCCAGUGAUAAUGCCCAAGAAACAUCGAGCCACUCAGCUUUUGAUUGAGGCAUGCCAUGGCGAUUUUCAGCACGGUAAUACAGAAACUGUGGUAAACGAACUACGGCAGCGUUACCACAUUUCUCAGCUUCGAACGGUUGCUAGACAAGUUGCGAGAAAUUGUCAAUGGUGUAAGGUGCAGAAAUCAAAACCACAGGUUCCUCGGAUGGCUCCACUCCCAAUGGCUCGAUUGGCAUCGUUCACGAAACCGUUCACAUACGUUGGACUUGAUUUUGGUUAAAGUCGGACGAAGUGCAGUCAAGCGUUGGAUUGCGCUUUUUACUUGUUUGACGGUGCGUGCAGUCCAUGUGGAAGUUGCCUUUGAUUUGUCAACAGAAUCUUGCAUCAAGUGUGUACGCCGGUUUAUCAGUCGUCGUGGUGCUCCGUGCGAAAUAUACUCAGACAAUGGAACAAAUUUCCAGGGAGCAGAACGGCUGCUCCGAGAACAACUUCAGCGAAUUAAUGAUGAUUUGGCAGCCAGCUUUACCUCUACAGCGACAAAGUGGCUGUUCAUUCCCCCAGGUGCCCCACAUAUGGGCGGUGCCUGGGAGAGAAUGGUACGUGCGGUUAAAUCGGCAAUGCAAGCGGCGUUCACUGACCCAAAGUUGGACGACGAAGGACUUCAAACAAUGGUGGUCGAAGCUGAAUGGAUAGUUAAUAGUAGGCCUCUUACGUAUCUACCACUUGAUUCAGAAGAAAGUGAGGCUCUAACCCCCAACCAUUUUUUGUUGGGCAGCUCUACGGGAAGUCGACAGCCUGGAAGAGAACCGGAAAAUCUAGCCGGAGUAUUGAAAGGGUCCUGGAACGAGAUACAAAGGAAGUUAGAAAUUUUCUGGGCACGCUGGCUAAAAGAAUAUUUGCCAACACUGACAAGACGCGAAAAAUGGUUUGAAGACGUUAAGCCUGUCACUGAGGGAGAUUUGGUUUUCGUGUUGGAUGGUUCAACUAGAGGUCGCUGGGAAAGGGGUCGUGUUCUAGAGGUAAUUCAUAGUGGGGAUGGCCGAGUCAGGCAGGCACUGGUUCAAACUGUGAGGGGUCUUCUGAGAAGACCGGUAUCUAAAUUGGCUGUGUUGGAUGUGGCUAAAGAAAGUAAAACUGGCACUAAGACCAGUGUUACGGGGGGGACAAUGUCGGCAACUGGCAACACGGUUUCAAGUGAGCCGACGAACGCCCAAUGUUAAAACGCUGUCAGUCCGAAGCGAACGCAAGCACACAGCGGAAGUCGGGUCUGACAACCUUACAAACUGCGCUCGACAGGCAGAACUGGAAAAGUCGUGCGCCGAGGCAGAACCUCCAUUAAGCAUACUGUUAAUAUUUUCAUCUGUUAUCUAUUUUCACCAUAUUUGUACUGUUUUUUAAAUCAUAACACUGAAAAAUGUGAGUAGAGGAAUUCAUAAAAAGUUGAAUUUGUUAAUUAAUACUAAUGGCUAAAAUAUAUUUCAGCUUCAAGCUGUAUUGCUACAAGAAAUAAAAAUGGCGAUCUGCUAAAAGGUAUCAGUGUUUUGUCUAUCUCCCGGAACACUAGUUGUUUACAAAACAAUGCUUUAUGGAGCUGUAGGAUAUUGCAUCGUACCAGUAAUGUAGCAACAAUUCAUUGAUCUUGCUUGUAGAUCUUAAGGCCUUUACUCACGGAAAUUCUUGGAUGACCAUCUUUGACAAUUAUUUCUCCACAACACCAUGCUCCAUGAACCUGUCGGAUGUUGUAUGGCUGAAAUAAUGUAGCAACAACCCAUUGAUAACGCAUGUGGAUCCGAAGGUCUUUACUUGCGGAGGGCCUAGAACAUCUUGAAAAAAUAUGGGUUACUCAAAAUAACUGGAGUAGGCAAUUUUUUGGUCAACUUUGAACUACUGUAACUUUUUGAAAAAUUGUUCGAUUUUCAAUCUUUUUAAAGCUUUCGACGGAUAAUUUAAUGUAGUUUGAUGAUAUAGUCUUAGAAGUGACAAUGGUUGAAGGCCACCGGAGAUAAUCCGGGUAUAGAUAGGACAUAUUGAAGAAGCCAAAUUUGCCAUGCAAUUUAGGAAAUGAUUAGGUUUAAAAAAAUGUAUUUUCAGUCAAUACAAAGAAAGAAGAAUGAUUUCUUAAGAAAAUGGUCCAUCAAGAUUGAAUAUGGACCGAAAAUCAACAGAGAUGUGACCAUUUCCCUGGAAUCGGUUCCAUUAUGAGGUCACGGAAGCGGCCAGUUACAUUUUUCACUCAAAGCAUAUCGUGUGACAGCUCUUUCUUCGUGUUUUUACAUGAAUAAUCCUAAAAAAGGCUUAGUGUAAGAAAUUGAUCUGAUUGGCCUUUUCCGGAACUAUCCAGGUGUGCCCCGGGAGAACCUGUAGUAGGGGACAUUUGUAAUUUUUCACCAAAACAUCGCGUGACAGCUUCUUUGUCAUGUUGUAUCUAAUCAAAGACCAUAUCAUUAAAGUACUUGUCAAAAGCCUAAAAAAGAUUGAAAAUCGGAUUAUGUUUCACAAAGUUACAGUAGUACAAAGUUGACCAAAAAUUCCUAUUUCAGGUAUUUUGAGUAACCCCUGUAGAUCAUAAGGCCUUGGCUUGCGGAGGGCCUAAAACAUCUUAAAUAAUUAGUUCUCUAUAGAACUAUGCUUUAUGGACCUGUAGGAUGUUGCACCGGAUCAUUUAUGCAACAACAACCUAUUGAUCACGCUUGUAGAUCUUAACCUUCCUAGUGCAUCACGUUUGGAACAAUAUGUCAAUUUCAGAAAUUUUGAAUGUCAGAGCAAUCAAACGUUGUACUUUCCACUUGGCUUGGUUAUGCUAAUCAAAAAUCUAGAAAAUGACAUUUGUAGGGUGCUACAGUAACACUACCGUAAUAGGUCGGCCGAGCACCGACCCAUCAAAACUCCAACAGCACACUGUCAUACCGAUAAGUCAUCGGAUAGACAGUGCCCGAAGCUCACGACAAUUCAAAAAUAAUUCCUCUCCCGCUCUGAUAUUGAUGCACAUUGCACACAACAUUGACGUUGAUCGAAUGAGUGUAAUCAGUUUUGUACCUUUUAGUUCCGCCCUAUAUCCUACAUAGGGCGGAAUUAAAAGGUACAAAACUUAUUACACUUAUUCGAAGAGGGUAUUCUGCUUAAAGGGUUCGAAAAGUCGGUAUCAAAGACGUUUAGAUGUUCACCUAAUUUCAUCCUAAGGAGAUUUAGAUUGUGAAAAGGAACAAACCAUGUGCAUUAGUGGAAUUGAGUUCAGGGGCCGGAGAUGAUCAAGUGGCCCCGUAGCUUGGAGGAAAGAAGCGCCCAUUUAGCGAAUUGGGUGUCGUGAGUUCGACUCCCACCGGAGCACGUGGAUUUCUUUUCUCAUUUUAAAUCUCAAUUUGUUCACACGUGGUUUUGUUGCAUGUCUGAAUGUCAGAGCAAUCAAACGCUCAGGAAGUUGUCAAAAUCUUGUGCUUCUGCUGAACAAUGACCGAGAGAAAAGCAUCAUGGUUUACUAUACAGGGGAUAGACAAAAUGAUCGGGACAGGCAAAAUUUUCACUUUUCAAAAAGUGUUCAACUAACUCUAACUUUUCGAAAAGUGCAUCAAAUAUUCUCAAAUUUUUACUGAAAGUUCAUCAACUAGAUGAGUAUCAGUGAUCAUAAAAUGGAAAAGAUCGGGCCAUUCUCCACGAAGUAAUUAAGAUUCUUGAAAAAGGUAAAAUUAUCCGAUAGCCAACUUUGAGCUUUUAUAUCUCCGGAUUCAAUGAACCGAUUGAAAUGAAAUUUUGACCAUUUAUGACUUAUAUCGUGAGCUAUGAAAAACCAUUGACUUAACUUAAAAUUUUUAACACGGAAGAAAAUUAUAACGAUUAGAUUAUUUUUCUAUUAAAACACCAAUUUUUACAAAAUAUCAUCAUCGUUUCAAAAUUCAAGAUGCAAAUUAUAGUUCAUUUAAUUCCCCUCUAAUUGACUUAUAUAUAAAUGUGUUUUAAAGGAAAGUAACAACAUAGCCACCAAUAAAUUGCAAAAGUUAUAGAAUGCAUAUUAAAAAUGGACCAAUAUACUAAAAAAUCGUAAAAAAAAUUAAAAUCGCUAUAAUUUUGUCUCUUGUUAAAAAUUUCAAAUCAAGUCAAAUGUUUUCCAGAGUUCAUUAUAUAAGUCAUAAAUGGUCAAAAUUUCACUUGAAUCGGUUUAUUGAAUCCGCAGAUAUAACAGCUCAAAGUUGGCGAUCGGAUAAUUUUACCUUUUUUAAGAAUCUUUAUAACUUCGUGGAGAAUGGCCCGACCUUUUUCAAAUUUGAACCACUGAUGCACAACUAGUUGAUGCACUCACAGUAAAAAUUUGAGAAUAUUUGAUGCACUUUUCGAAAAGUUACAACAAGUUGAACAUUUUUUGAAAAGUGAAAAUUUUGCUUGUCCCGAUCAUUUUGUCUAUCCCCUGUA